CCCUCUCCCCCAGAUGACAGCGAUCCGGGCGGAGAGGAGUCGCUAGUAAGUCAGUUUCGCACAGCCCAGUUCGUGGAGCGUCGGGUCGCUUUGAACGCCGCCGGGUUGCACCUCGCAAGCAUGGGGGGCCGUUUCUGAAGGCGACCGCUGACGGAUCCCCUCUCGCACCCUCCAUGGCUGUGGACGCUGCUUCCAGUUUCAGCUUCUGCCGUGGCAGUGGGCUGGAACACACGGUGUCAGCAGAGGAUCUGAACUACCAGCUGCCCCGCAAGACGGCCGGCAGCCUGACCUGGCAUGAUGGGCGGGGCCAGAAGAUGGCGGGGGGGCGCACAGUGAAGCUGCUACAACAGCCGGGAACAGAGGCCCUGCAGAUGCGCCCAGGGGAGGCCUACGCCGUGUACCACACCAGCCCCACGCUCUCCAGCCUGUCCAAGCCGGUGGUGCUGUGGACCCAGCAUGAUGUUUGCAAGUGGUUGAAGAAACACUGUCCACACAACUACCUGACGUACGUCGAGGCCUUCUCGCACCACGCCAUCACAGGACGGGCACUGCUGAGGCUGAACGCGGAGAAGCUGGAGCGCAUGGGCAUCGCGCAGGAGGCCCUGAGGCAGGAAGUGCUGCAGCAGGUGCUCCAGCUGCAGGUUCGAGAGGAGGUCCGUAACCUGCAGCUGCUCAGCCGAGCCUCCUUUGGAAACCCUCCCUAGCUCAUCUAUCCGUACGGCAGCCUUCUCAGACAAAACGGACUCCUGAUUGCUCUGGGAGGGACUGUAUGACCCGGAUACGUGAACGGAAGAACCUGCAUCUCCGAGCGGACCGGAACCUGCUACCUUUAGCCAGCUAGAAACCUAAUCCAAAAAAAAAUUCAGUUUUUCUGGUUUUAGAGGAUAACACUGUGUUUAAAUAUCGGUCUCAUACUGUAAUAUACUGAUACAACAUGAAAUUCAAAAUGAGGGAACGAUUUCAGUGACUCUGGCCAUUGCUCAGGACUGCUCACAUGACUAUUCGUACCUAAACGGCACGUCAUUGAAAUCCAAUGUGUGUCUGAGGACCUUGACAGCCAGAGCAGAGCUUGCGUGCAUCUCCAUAGUUAGUAUGUUUCUGUAAUUGUGUUAACGUAGCCUGGCGAGGCUCCUAGAAUUAGCCACACACUUCCCGACUAAUUGGUUAGUUCCUGUCAUGUGGCAAACUGGCAACCAAUCACCUUUGAAUGUCCGCGCUGAAUGUUUGUUUCCGCGAUGUCCUUUAUUUUGUUUUUUUUUUUGUUUUCCUGGCACAGACUUUACAUAAAAUCUGACUGUGCCGACUCGACUGAAUGUGGCUGCUAACAAAUGCAUCGUACCUACACAUUAGUAUGGAGUUUUACCUCUCAAAGUUCGGGUUUCUUACGCGCUUUUUUCUCCAUGGCUCAUCUAGACCCACCAAGCAGCUUCAUUUACAUUUACCAUCGAUUUUGGCUCCUCCUUGCCUACUCGAGCAAUAAUUAAGCAGGUGUAGGUUUUACCGCUCUUCUUAACGGCUGCCGAUCUCGCUGACAUGAGUACAUUUUAUUCAGAGCUUUUACUUUCCACACAACAGAAUGAUUAGCAUCUGCUCUUACUUCACUCCACGACUUCCUGUCUUUGAGACCCAGUCAUUACUCAAUCUGUUCAUUAAAGUUUCAGCUUUCACGGCUUUGCUCAAACUCAACGAAAAUAUCUUUUCGUGCAAUGUGGUCGUGUAGGCUGUAGAUUAAAAAUACAAAAAAAGAGAGUUUGGAUUUCGGUACCCCACCUUUGUGUCCUGUGCUAUAAGCGUAAGUCAAAAUAACUCAAGUGGACAUAAUUGUCAUACAUAUACAGGUAUAUAAUGACAUGUAAUAUCAUUCCCCCAGAACCACAUACAGUGUGACAUACAGUACAUACAGCAAGAGACAAUUGCAGGGUUUAACAGGACUUAAAGUUCAAAACACAGGACAGUGUGAAACACAGGGGCUGGACACAGGGGUUUAUAUACAUAGUGCAAUGUGUGUAGACAAUAAGUAAUGCAGCAGCAUAAAUGGGUGGAAUAUAUAUAUUGAAUUUAAUAAAAUUUAGAAGAUGGAUGGAAAGUUGGGCAAGAAGACAAGUAGAAUAUUUAAAAGUUACUCUCAUUGAUCAUCUUACAAUGAACUUCUGUACAUUCCACAUAAUGAGAUAAACAGCUGAAAUACAUAUUGUACGUUUUCAUUUUGUAAGAGACCUCCGUAAAAGGCAUUUACGAAUGAACUGGUUGUGAAAGUCUAAAAUCGAAUGCAUUUAUGCAAUGACCGUCUGCCAGAGGAUGACACACUUAGAUUAUUUAUACACAGAUGUGCGUCUUUCCGUGUUCCAGCGUUGUCUGAGUUUUCGGGAAUGGCGGUGUCUAUGGCCAACGUGAUUAAAAUAUGAAAGAGAGACUGUCAGCUUUGCAAAAUGGGCGAAUGGUGUUUUUAAGGCGAUUGUCCUUUGAGGUAAAAAUCACAACAAAUCACCUGCAGUACGUGAUCAGUCUAGAGCAGUGGUCUCCAAUCUUUUAUACAAUGAAAGCUACUCUUACGGAGGCAAUUCUCCAGUGAGCUACUGAAUGGAGUAUGGAAUAUUUCACCGACUGGAGGGCCUCGGUAUGUUUUUGGGGGGGCGGGUGGAAGUUGCAUCACGAUCGACUACAAAUGUCUCGUUGAUCGAUCGCGAACGACCGGUUGGCGACCACUGACCUAGACCAACAUGUGUCUAUUACCAAAUAUACGCGGUUUAGAUUGUGUUAUCCGCUCUCCAUGUUAAACCGUGUCACAAGACGACUGCAGGAACAGGCUUUCGAAUCUGGGUUUCUUCUAUCCACAGACCCAUCACCUGGACCGCGGCGUUUCGCUGUCGGUCCUGCCUCGAUCACUACAGACCUCCUCAGACUCGAAUCGUCUGGAUGUCAGACCGCCUGACUGUUAUAAACAACCAUGUUUCGUGUCUCGGUCAAUAAACACAUCGUUCAUUUGUAAUGACUGUAUGCAAUGUAUUUGAAUAUGUAAUUACCAGCUGUACAGAUAUUAAUAUUAACAUUGUGGAAUAAAGAUCUAUUGUCUUUUUUUUUUUAUAAAAUCCAAUCCAGAUAUAUAUGUUAUCCUUACCAUUUUUUUUGUUUGUUUUGUAUAAUUUGCAACCAAAUACCUCAGUAGGUGGCGCUACAGUUAACUGUGGGCUUGAUUCCCACAACAAAUCAGUGCGUGAGGAGAAAGUUUCCGAAACUCACUCCGUCCAUCUUGUAUUCUCCUUGAGAUAAAUGACCUAAGAUCCGGCUUCCUCCUCAUAAGUUUGGGAAACAACUCACUCACUCCUCAUGUUAUCCAAAGAAGAAUCUUUGUUGUAUUUCCAAAAUUCACAAAAUCUGAACCU